AUGGGUAGUAUGAUGAAAGAGGUUCCCUGCACUCACUGGCUUCAAAACGGGAGGAAAGACCCAGCCAGCUUGGACCUUCGAAGCGAUACAAUCACAAUUCCAACUGCAUCCAUGUUGAAUGCCAUCCAGCCGUGCACAUUAGGAGACGAUGUGUUCGGAGAAGAUGACAGCACCAAUCAGCUCGAGACAUGCGUUGCCAAGAGGAUCGGUAAAGAAGCCGGUCUUUCCGUUCUCUCGGGCACCAUGGGCAACCAACUUGCCCUGAGAUCACUUCUUACACAACUGCCCCAUUCAGUCUUGUGUGAUUGCCGAUCCCAGAUAUUUGUCCACGAGGCUGGCGGAACAUCGUCGCUUUCUGGGGCUCAAUUUCAGCCUGUUGUUCCCAAGAAUGGCAAAUACUUGACGCUUGAAGGUGUUCAUGAUCAUGUCGUCCUCGGUCAAGAUAUUCAUAGCUGUCCCACCCGCGAUAUAAGUCUUGAAAAUACUAUUCAUGGUCUUAUAAUCCGUCUGAAGGAGAUCGAGCGUAUCUGUCUCUUUGCCAGGGAACAUGGCAUCAAGAUGCAUCUCGAUGGCGCUCGUUUGUGGUAA